AUGACAACGCCUUUCAACUUACCGUCUCUUGAUUCCGCUUACAAUCUUUCGGUCCUUCAACAACUUUCUCAGCAACAAAAGUUUCAACAACAACAUCAAGCCGUCGAAGCAACCGUGGUACCAGGCGUCUUUGCUAAUCCCAAUUCUCUUUUACCUCCACAACAGCAACAAGCCGUGGCCCAAUUAGCUUAUUUAUAUAAUAGCA